AUGGUAACCAAUUUCACAUACGAAUGCAGCGAUAAUUACAAGUCAAUGGAAAACUACACGGUCAAGAAUUUCAAAGGAAGAGAAUUUGAUUUCAGUGUCGCAUAUCUAGAUGUUCUUUCAUUAAAACUAGGAAAUAUUUAUGAUUUAGCAAAUCAAGUAGAAGAAAGAAUAAAAAAAAUGUUGGGUUAUUUUAAUUCCAUUAUUACAGAAAUUGAAAAUUUAGAAUUGGUUGAAAACACUGAAAAAAUAAAAGAAAUUAGAAAAUUUAAAUUAUUUUUGAACAACUAUAAACUUUUUUUGAAAUUAAUUGGGGUAUUUUCAUAUGACAUCAAGAGAAAAUGCAGAAAUAGAUUCCAAAACUAUAACGAAAUAAUCAUUUCAAUUUUAAAGAGUAUAAAAGAAAAAUCAGAAAUAAUCAUUUAUCUAGUAGAAAAAUUGAAAUUCAUCAUCAAAUUACCAUCGGAGACCAAUAAACCCCCACUUACAAUAAAAAAUAGUGUUAAUAAAAAAUAUUCUAUGAUUAGUUUAAAAUUUCAAAGUUAA